AUGGCAGACGAAAACCAUAUCCCGGCCGAGUACUUCCCCAAAGAACUCGAGCCUCAAGCUGCAUUGAACGGCGGACCGGUUUCCCAUCAGCCAUCCGAACGUUUCACACAAGAUUCAGGAAAUAGGGCUCUAGCUACUAGUUCUGACUACAACCCCAGCGAGCCGCUCGAGACUGAUAUCUCAUCCGGAGAGAGCACCUAUCUGGGAAGCCCAGCUGGUUCAAUCCACACCUCCAAAGGCAACAUCGAGGAAAGGUCCACAGACACCGUUUCCAGGGGGGCUAGAUUUGACGACGAAUCCCAUAUUAACGGGGUUCCUUCGUUGAACGGGCUGGACAGCGAUGUGCACUAUCCUGUGAUCAUACCAAGCACAACUGACACCACCUUGGUUGACGGCAGUUAUCCUCGAUCUCAAGACUGCUCGGUGUUAACAUCAUCGGAGAACAGCGAAGAAGCUGUAUUUAUGCGGAACGCACAGCGCCUUGCUCGGGAUAGUAUUCGUCAUCCUUUGGAACUUGCCGAUCCACGGUACCAGCCAUCACCGCUGCCAAAUGGUGAGAAUCAUAUCAACGGUGGUACAAAAGAUCACCAAACCAACCCGGCUGGUACAGACCAAAAUCAACGUCCAUUUAGAGAACCCCCUUCUGCUUCCUCCAACGCCCGUUCUGAUUGUUUGACGAAACAAGAAGAGCCAACAGAGACAAGCCUCAGGAGACCUUCAGCUGAAAACCAAAAGUUUGGCGGCAAGCAAGAUCAUUCUGAGCCUUCACAGGACGAGAUCUCUGAGCAUCCAAACGAGACCGACGAGGUCUGGACUCGACAAGUGCCUCAUUCUCAACGUGUCAACGGGAUCGCUACUCGGACUGUUGUUUUCAAGACAAGGACUGGCAAUCCUGUGAGGAUUUUCAACCAACCCAAGCAGCCAUUCGUCAGUUGCCGGGGCCUCAGAGUUGUCAAUCCAGACGCAACUUCGAACGGAGGAGCUGACUACGAAAGCUCUGAUGAGACUCCAAGAGAGCCAAUUUUCACCUUUAGCGGCUCUGGUACGCUCAAACUAAACAGGCACGAGAAAGAAAUAGAGUCAGAGGAGUCAGAGGGAUCCUUUGACAAGAUCUAUAGCGGCCUGAACGGCAAUCCCAGACCAUAUUCUCUUCCAACCAGACUUGCCUCAGCAAGUGCUUCGGGUGACUACAAGCCUACUAACUCGCAUUUCGACUCAAACAUCAAUGGUUCAGCCUCUCAAUUCUACAGUCAAACAGAUUCAAGUCCCGUCUUAGACACUUCUUCAGAUUCCGAAGAAAGCAGCUCCAACGACUCACUCAGUGCUCCUGGUAUUGCUGCUAUUACAUCAGCGUCACAGGAGGAUCUCGAAGAAAAGGACACGCAACAGAAUCUCGACAUCAAGACAACGAUCCUUGGAGAUCAGGUUGCAGGGACCCUCGAUCAACUCAAGACUGCUCGGUGGAGCCUCGGUUUGCUUUGGCGUACUUUUUUCGAGCUCCUGCGGAUGACUUUCAGCUUGACAUUUAGAAUCGCCGCCUCCACUGCAAGAGGAGUAGGAGCCAUCUUUCAGUUUGACCUUCGAGCCUUUUCAUCGUUGCUCAAGAUCUGGCUUCAGUUUGGUCAGGUGGUGAUUCACACCUUUCUGGCAUCUACCCUGAUUGUGACCAUUGCCGUGGGCUUGUCGCUCAUCAGGACUCGCUUGUUCGCCGCCUGCAAAGAGGCUUUCUCUCGGGUAAUCCAGGCUUUGGACAGUGCCGUGCCGAAAUUUCUGUCUCUGCGUUACUACGCUGCGUAUUCUCUGUUAGCAUGGCUUUCGAUCCCCACCAAUAUGCCUGCUCCCCCUCAGGCAGGCUUCCACGGCGUUCCAAUGGCGGAACAUUCCCGUCACUGGACUCGCUCGGAACCCGACUCAGAUCAUCGCGUUCCAAACAUCCAAUCGUCUUUCGGGAAGCCAAAGUCCCAGCGGGUCAGCUUUCAAGAUACCUCUCCCAAGCCGACUUACCUUCGAGUGACGACACAGCCAGACAUCCAGUCGCCCACGAAGAAGCUUCAUUGGAGCACCUAUCCCCCUCACAAACAUACGGGCGAGCUGGCAGACAAGGCCCGCGAGAUGUUGAUGGCCCGGGGUGUGAAGCCCACAGGACGGCCGGCCGCAGGUUGGAUGAGAAGCUCUCAGGAGAUCGGAAGCAAAUUAGCAAAUUACUAG